CCUCCCCAAUCCAGAGUUCACCCCUCUCCUCUCAAAGCAUACGAAUUCCACUCCUCUAGUGCUUCAACUACUCAGUCGAAUAACAAUUUCGAUUAUCUCGAUUUUGAUAGCUUUCUCUCUUUCAUUGAGUUGCUGUGCAUCAUUCCUUCGGCAGUUAUUUCAGUAGGGUUCGUGGUGAAUUACGUGAUUUUCGGGUCGAGAAAUGCUGUCUUGGGUGAAAUAGGGAAGAGGGUUAUGGCGUGCGGGGCUUUAGGGUUAGUGGCUGGUGUCGUAAUCGGGGCGUGGAUGAGGAGGCGCCAAUGGAGGAGGAUUUGCAAGGAAUCAGCGAGGGGAGAGAGGUUGAAUUUGAUCGAGAGGAUUGAGAAAUUGGAAGAGGACUUGAAGAGCUCCGCGACCAUUAUUCGGGUCUUAUCCAGGCAGCUCGAGAAACUGGGUAUUCGGUUCCGGGUCACGAGAAAGGCUCUGAAACAGCCUAUUGAUGAGACUGCAGCUUUGGCUCAAAAGAACUCUGAGGCCACGCGUGCAUUAGCAGCACAAGAGGACAUUCUAGAGAAAGAGCUUGGUGAAAUUCAGAAGGUUUUGCUGGCAAUGCAGGAGCAACAACAAAAACAGCUUGAGCUAAUACUUGCAAUUGGAAAAACUGGGAAGUUAUGGGAAACCAAGCAAGCACCAAUUGAGCAAGAUACAAUUGAAACAGGCACCUCGACCAAGGAGGUUAAACAAAUGGACUACCCAGCUCAAUCAGCCAGCACAAGCAAGGGAACCAAACAAUGAUAAGAGUGUAGGAUUUUUGAACCAGAAGCAAUUCACAAAUAAAUUCUAAUAUGUUGUUCACAGCAUGCUGUCACUUCUCUCGAUCCUUGCUCCACCAGGGAAUCCGGUUAGCUUUUCUGGAUGCCAAUGUACCUAUGUCCUGAAGCUUCCUAUUUUCAGCUAGAGCAGAAGUUCCAGGUUUAUUGAGUCUGCAACAGAAGUGGAAAUAAAUGAUAGAAUUUUAUUCCUGGAUGAGCAUAGCAUUGUAUUGACAGUAAAACUAACCUCCUUGUUCUUGUGUUGUAAUUCUCCAAAAGUCAAAUGUACCAUAGCAGGUUUCAUUUUAUUUCCAUCUUUUAUUGGUGGCUGGUAA